AUGAAUUCUGUAAUGCUUUCAGGAGCUGGAAUUAAACCCGUGGUGUCAAUAUAUCCAAAUUGGGGCAAAAUACUAUUAAAUGACUCUGUAACACUGACCUGUAAAGUGGAGAAGAGUCGGAGUUAUGUCUGGUACAAAGAUGGAGACUGGAUACGUCAAUACAGUGAUGUUUUGAAACUGGAGAAUGCCCAAGAGAAAGACGGUGGGAAUUACCAGUGCCAGAUACCCGGCAGUGAAAGAAGUGAUCCUGUUAGAUUAGAUGUUCAAAGUGGUGAUUUCAUCCUGCAAGCGCCCCCUACAGUUCAUGAAGGAGACCUCCUAAAUCUGAGAUGUCACCGUUCCAUUAAAUUCUUAAAGUCCCGUUUAAAAGCUCGGAAAAAUAUAACACUUCACAAGGACAACCAGUUUAUAAAGUAUUCUGUCACUGAAUCUCCAGUCUUGAUUGGGAGAGCAGAUAAAAAUACAUCCGGCACAUACAAAUGUACUCUUGUUAAUGAGCCUCGUCUUUCUGAUGAACUAGUUAUAUCCGUCACAGGUAAAUGA